AUGGAUUACGUUAAGAAAGCAAUAUGGGGGCCGGAUCCCAAGGAUCAAAUGAGAAAGGUUAACCAGGUAUUAAGGAAGAAUAAAAGAGAGUUAGAUAGAUCACUUAAUCUGUUGACUCCGUUGAAGAAGAAGACUGAAAGUUUAGUAAAGAAGGCUGCUAAACUGGGAGACAUGAAAUCUGCCAAAGUAUAUGCCAAAGAAUUGGUUAACAUCCAAAAACAAUAUAACAAGUUGUAUACACUGCGUACACGAAUUGACUCUAUUAAUAUGGCAGUCAAUGAACAAUGGCAGAUGAAUAAAUUAACCAAAUCUUUAGCCACGUCAACUUCAGUGAUGAAAGAUGUUAAUCUGUUGGUUCAUAUUGGGGUUAUGACAAAUGCAGUUCAAGAAUUAUCCAAGGAAUUGAUGAAAGCUGGAAUUAUAAAUGAAAUGAUGGAUGAUAUGGUUGAUUUGGAGAUGGAUGAAGAAUUAGAAGAUGAAGCCAAUAUUGAAGUGGAUAAGAUAAUUGAAGAUUUAACGGCAGAUAAGUUAUCACUGAUUCAAAACUCUGAAACCCUUACAUCUUUGGAGCCAGAAGAACAAGAACAAGAACAAGCACAAGAACCCAUACAAAUGCAUCAUGAGAAUGAAGAAGACCAAGCAGCUCUUUAUGAGAUGACUGAACGGUUGAAGGCAUUGCAGGAAUGA